AUAGGGCCCACAAUCCGGUCACCAUUCUAAGGACCAUUACAGUUACAUUUAAAUAUUUAAUAAUAGUUGAAAUUAGAGCGUCUGUUCUUCCAUUCACGACGACGAUGUUCAAUUCAAUCACUUCCAUCCAUGGACAGCCCAAGAGCUUAUAAAGACCCCAACUACAAGCACCAAAUUUGCAGGGCUGAAGCCAACAAGAACAACAGCAACUACCCUUUUAUCGAUCGAUCAAUGGAUCAUCACGAUGUUUUUCAUCUUUCUUAUCCUCGUCGUCUUCAUCCUCAUCGCCACUUCGCCGAUCAAAAUGGCUUCAAACAGGCGCCAGUGAUGGUGGUGACGGUGCCCUUUCCGGCACAAGGUCAUCUCAAUCAGCUCUUACACUUAUCCCGUCUCAUAUCGGCCUACGGCAUUCCGGUUCACUACGUUGCCUCUGCAACUCACAACCGUCAAGCAAAGCAUCGCGUCCAUGGCUGGGAUCCUCUCUCCACACCUAACCUCCACUUCCAUGACUUCCCCUUGCCACCAUUCCUCAACCCUCCGCCCAACCCACAUGCUCCAAUCAAGUUCCCCGCCCAUCUCCAACCUACCUUCGACGCCUCGUUGCACCUCCGCGAGCCCCUCGCCCAACUUCUCGAUUCGCUUUCCGCCAUCGCUUAUAGAGUUGUUGUUAUCCACGACACGCUCAUGGCUUAUGCUGUGCAGGAUGUGGUCGCCCUCCCCAAUGCCGAGGCCUACGCCUUUCACCCAGUCUCGGCCUUCGCCAUUGUCUUCCACUUAUGGGAAUCCCUUGGAAGACCUACAGAUGAAGGAAUUCUUAUUCCAAACGACGUACCCCAUCAUUCUCUGGAAGGCUGCUUCACCGGUGAGUUUGCUAAAUUCAUUGCCCGUCAGUAUGAUUUGAUGAAUUUCGACGUUGGUGAUCUGUACAACACAUGCCGAGCAAUGGAAGGUAGGUUCGUAGAUCUGUUGGAUCAGGAGAAACUCAGCGGGAAUAAGAGAAUAUGGGCGGUUGGCCCGCUGAACCCAGUUGUCCUUGGUGCGGCCAGAGAGUCUCCCUGGCGACGCCACAAAUGCUUGGAGUGGCUGGACAAGCAACCACUGCGGUCGGUGCUAUAUGUUUCGUUUGGCACCAUGACAUCGUUGUCCGACGACCAGAUCUUUGAGCUUGCAGUUGGGCUAGAACGCAGCAAGCAACGUUUCAUCUGGGUGUUAAGAGAAGCUGACAGAGGAGACAUUUACGCUGAGGAGGAGGAAGCUAGGGUAACCCAACUUCCAAAGGGAUACGAGGAGAGGGUCGAGGGUGUGGGGCUGAUAGUGAGGGACUGGGCACCACAACUUGAGAUUCUGGCCCACAGAGCGACGGGUGGAUUCCUGAGCCACUGUGGCUGGAAUUCAUGCGUGGAAAGCAUCAGCAUGGGCGUGCCAAUUGCGGCUUGGCCCAUGCACUCCGACCAGCCAAGGAACACCAUGCUUGUGACCCAGGUGCUGAGGGUUGGCCUCGUCGUCCGAGAGUGGGCACGGCGGCAUGAAUUGGUCUCUUCCGACGCCGUCGAAGAUGCAGCCAGGAAGUUGAUGGCAUCAGAGGAAGGAGAUGACAUGAGGAAGAAAGCUGAGAUGUUAGGCGGUGCCGUCCGAGACUCCAUGUCCGAAGGUGGAAUUUCUCGUGCUGAGUUAGAUUCUUUCGUAGCCCACAUCUCUAGAGUCUAGAUAAGUGUUAGACCUCACAUAACAUCUUAAAAGCUUUAAGUUGAAUGGUUCUUUGAGAUGUUAUUAUAGCCACUUUGGUCAAGUGGUAUAAUGUUCAAUCUUAGUUAGGUGUUAGAGCUCACAUAACAUCAUAAAAGCUUUUAAAGCUUUUAAGUUGAACGAUUCUUUGAGAUGUUAUUAUAGCCACUUUGAUCAAGUGGUAUAAUGUUCAAUCUUCGUUAUCCUUGUUAUAAUUAAUUAAUUUUUAGUACAAACUACGAGUGGGUGGAACUGUACUUGUU